AAGGGAGAAAGAAGACGAGAAGAUGGUGUAUUAUCCGCUCGCAGCCGCCGUGCGCUGCCACUGCCCGCCCCACCUCCUCCCCCGCCGCGCCCCGCCGGCGACGGCGGCCACCCCGCACCGUUGCCGCCCCCUCCAGCUCCGUCCCCUCACAUCCUCGCCCGGACUGCGGACCCGUGGCCGCCGCCACGCUAUCGACCCCGAGGACGACGGCGGGGAAGGCGACGGCUUCUUCACCCUCGACCUGGAGGACUUCGAGGGGUUCGCGGACGGGGAGGCGGAGGGGGACGUGGAGGAGGGGCCGUCGCCGUGGGAGGGGGCCGUGGUGUACCGGCGCGACGCGGCGGCGCAGCACCUCGAGUAUGCCACCACCCUGGAGCGUCUCGGCCUGGCCGACCUCUCGUCCCCGCACUCCUGCGCGCGCGCCGCUGCCAUGGGCAUCAUGCCCCCCUCCAAGCCGAGCCGCGGCGCCGGGGACGCGGCCGCGGCCGGGACGACGACGCCCGUGCUCGUCUCCGUCGACGUCGCCCGGCGCCGCGGCCGGCUCCGGCUCGACGGCAUCCUGCGCACCGUCAUCACCCUCGGCUGCUACCGGUGUGCUGAGCCAGCUGCCGAAGCCGUAUUCGCGAAUUUCUCUCUCCUGCUGACAGAAGACCCGGUGGAGGAACCCGACGUGGUCGACCUCGGCACCAUAUACGAAGAAGACAGAACCAAAUUCCCUUCGAUAACUGGCAGCGAGGACGAGAACGAUGAAGAUAUAGACUGGGAUGACCGCCUGCAUUUCCCGGCCGGGGAGAAGGAGAUCGACAUCUCGAAGAACCUUCGGGACAUCAUCCACCUGGAGAUAACGCUGGACGUUUUCUGCAGCAGCACCUGCAAGGGCCUAUGCCUCGUCUGCGGCGCAAACCUCAACACGAGCAGCUGCAGCUGCAGCACGGAGGAGCCGCAGGCCAAGGACGCCAGGCGUCCGGGAACCAUGAAAGACCUGCUGAAGCCUAUGCAGAGCAGAUUAUGAUGAUGCAGACAGUGCAUAUGUAGGCAUCUUGUAACUUGUGUGAUAGUCUUUAGGAUUGUCAUGAGCAAGAUAUGCAGCCCGGUGAAAAUGCAAAUACUGGAUGGUGGCGAUAGAGGGGAACUAGACCUGCGGCAUUUGAGUCACGUCUCAUGCUUCGCUGCACCGACGGUGCAAAUCUCUUUGGCAGUUCCUCAGAAGUUCAUGAUUAUCAUUUGUAUUGCCUCAUCUUACUGUCUGAAAGUAGAAGCCUGCAAUGCAAUGCUAGGAUAUUAUGUUGUACCUCAAACCCUGAAAUGAUAUGUGAGUGAAUUUGGGUGA